AUGACGAUGGUUUGCUCGGCCGCCAUCGCCGACUCCAUCCGUAUGGCCGGCUUCAACCUCGAGGAGGCCGCCGACGGUAUCAAAUUCCAGAAGCCACAUAAAAUAAAUAAAACCUGUCUGUUGACGGCUCCAACGUGUGCUCUCCAGCGCGCCUCUUCUGCCGCGACCGCUUUCGCGGCGCUCCGGCGCAGGUGGCGGUGGUGGGCGCCCUCGGGCGCGUCGACGCUGGAGCGCGCGGCCCGCGCGUUCCUCCUGGCCUCCGCGGCGCUCGUGCAAGCCUGCGCGCUCUACUACGUGUUCCGCUACGUCGGCCGGGGAUGUCGCGCUCGCGCCGAAUUCGCCGCCGCGGGCUUCGUCGGGGACACCGGCCUGGGCCUGGGCCUUGGCGGCGGGGCGUGCGACGUGUUCGACGGCGCCUGGGUGCCCGACGACACCGUCCGCCACCCGCUCUACAACAGCUCCGAGUGCCCGUUCGCGGAGCGCGGGUUCGACUGCCUCGCCAACGGGCGGAACGACACUGGAUACCUCAAGUGGCGGUGGAAGCCGCGCCGGUGCGACGUUCCGCGGUUCGCGGCCCGCGCCGCGCUGGAGCGGCUCCGCGGGAAGCGGGUGGUGUUCGUGGGGGACUCCAUGAGCCGCACACAGUGUCAAUCCUUCAUCUGCAUGCUCAUGGCCGGCGUGGAUGACCCCAGGACGGUCUUCGAGGUGAACGGGAACAAGAUCACCAAGACGAUACGGCACCUGGCGGUCAGGUUCGCGUCUCACGGCCUCACCGUGGAGUUCUUCCGGUCCGUGUUCCUCGUGCAGCAGGAGCAUUCUGCCCCGUGGCAUGCCCCCAAGGGGGUCAAAUCCACAUUGAGGCUGGACAGGAUGGAUAAUUUAACCCGGAAAUGGGUGGAUUCGGACGUACUGAUUUUCAACACUGGGCAUUGGUGGACGGCGACCAAAUUGUUUGAUACGGGUUGCUAUUUUCAGGCCGGACAUUCUCUUAAAUUAGGUACAUCCAUCGAUGCUGGUUUCAGGAUGGCACUGGAGACCUGGGCCUCAUGGGUACACAAAAGAGUUGAUUUAAACCGAACACAUGUCUUCUUUCGCACAUAUGAGCCAUCUCAUUGGGGGGACACAAGACAAAAGGUGUGUGAGGUAACAGAGCAGCCUUCAUCAGAGGCCAAAGGAAAUGAUAAGAGUGAAUUUGGGGCUAUAUUUGCUGAUGUUGUAACCAACAUGAAAGUUCCUAUCACAGUACUAAAUGUAACUUUAAUGGGAGCGUUCCGAAGUGAUGCACAUGUUGGCGCUUGGAGUUAUCCUCCCACUAUACUUGAUUGCAGCCACUGGUGUCUUCCUGGAGUCCCUGAUGCUUGGAACGAACUCAUGUUUUCGUACCUUUUGACAAAUGGUUGGCGAAACAUGGCGGGCUGAAUUUUACAGUCUCAUGCUCAAUCUACCCCCACUUUUUUAUUGUGAUAUUUGACAUUACCAGGUAUACUAGAGAAUUAACAUACGUCGGGGACAAAGCAGCUGCGUCUGCUUGGUGGUUUACUGGACUUCUACAUUCUUUUCUUCUUUUUGACUUUAUACAAGGUGAAGCAUGCAUCACGAGUUGUAGAUUUUACAUCACUUCUUUAAUUCUUCUGGUUGGCUAGGAUUAGAAUGCCUUGACAGUCAUUCUGUCAUCUUUAUUUACUAACGGUUCAUUUUAUAUGCUGUAAAAAUCGAGUUUGUAUUGUAACCUGUAUGUACAUACAUUUACUUGAUACAUUGUCAGAAA